GGAGAUGAUCUCUGAAACAGAAUGUCCGAUAGUGUCGAGGAUGCUCUUGUUCGACGGCCCGGUUGUUUGAAGUGGUUGUUAUCAAAAAAGAAAUAGAUUGGACCACCAAUUUCAAUUUUAGAGCCAAAAAACGGGACCCACGUACCAAAAACUGUUCGGUACUGUUCAAAGCAAGAUGUCAAUAGAGGCAUAAAAUUGUGAAUGGUCACUAGUUGGCAUGAGUUAGAACCAGAUGGCGUUGUAAUCAAUAUAGAGCACGCUAUUUGUUGUACGAAUUGAUUGAGUUAGGGUUCUCUUGUUUUGUAUUAAGUAUGAUUAGAUGACAUCAAAUACACCUACCGUGUGUUGUUAUUAGUUGUGUGGUUUAUUAUUUAUAAUAAGCCUAUCAAUCUUACACAGCAUCACGGAGAGUGAAUACUGUUUGUGAAAUCGAUCACGAGAUCAAUCAGGUACCGAAACACUGAGGUCCAUUCACUCAACUGACACCGAAAGCUUUUUUUCGAGUGAAGCUAGAAAAAUGAGACGAUACGUCUCCUAACAUAUAUAAGUAAAAAACUAUACGAGGCAAGUAUUUGAAGAAUAUUGAUUUAGAAAUUACAAACUGAACAAAAUAUUAGUUAAAUAUUAUUAUUUAACACAUAGAACUUAAAUAAUAAGACCUCCGUUUAGAAUAAAAGUUUGAAGGACAGAUUAAAUGAAGAAAGUUAGUUAGUUACGGUCCCUCUGGGACAGGCACUUCUAAUCUAUUGGUAAUCCAAUAACAUUCAGGCCUACAACACAGCGUUUAUAGCUAACUGAACCUAUCUGUUGAUUUGUACGAACGUUCUAAGAAUGAUCUCAAGGAUAUGUGGAUGAAAUCAAUGAAUUUUUUAAAUUAUAUAUUUAUAUAUGUGUUUCACGGAAUAGGAUAAUAUAUGUAUAUACUCGUGUCAAUUCCCGACUUCUUUUAAACUAAUUAGACGAAUUGUAAAUCUCUUGCUGUUUAUAUUUAUAUUAAAACAACUGGUUCAAAGAUCAGGAGAAGUCCUUAUUUCAAAUGGUUAAAUCGUUUUUCGUGUGUUGUAAGGUCUCGAAACCGUACACAAUGACACGGGACACGAGAGGAUUGUUUAUGAUAUUUAUUUAUAUAUAUAUAUAUAUAUACAUACAUACAUACAUACAUUUAUUUCAUUGUAGAAUAUUAUUAUCACGGGAAACGGAUCUAGUCAUCUCCGCAUUCCUUGAAACCCUCGAACGCAACUUGAUAAGAUUACAUUAAAUGUUAUUCCGUAAAUUCAAAAAUUACUGACUCGAUACCUGUGGCUAAAUAAUUAAAAAGUCAUCAAAAAUAUUAUUUUGCAGUGUAUAUUAACAUAAGAACCAUGAAAGUGUGAAAUAUAUAUUAUAAUUUAAUUAGUUACAAGUCAAGGUAUAUAUACAUAUAUAUAUAUAUAAAGCCAUGUUCUAAUUGCAUCCGCUUAAUUUAUCGUUCUCAAAAUACUCUAUUUCUGAUGCUCCUGUCGCCACGAACGUUUACACGAAACACAGAUACCUCGAAUACAAAACAAAAUUAAUUUUAUAUGUUUGUAGAGAUUAUUAAAUUUUUAAACGUUAGCGACAUUCUUCAUGUUGUUAUAUUGUUGGCACAAGUAACCGAAUGUCGAUCGUACGACUAAGAUUUGAAGAGAAUGAGCAGGGGGCGGCGCAAGUGCAGGCUCUGUGGUGUGCGGGGGUCGGUGACGUCAGGAGCAGUUCCCGGCCCUCGGGCCGGCGGCGGGGCGCAGGCGCGACACUAUCGACGCGGGCGGAGGCCGAGCGGCCGCGAGCGGUCUCCGGGCGGUAGUCGGCCGCCCGCCGCCGCAGGCUCAAGAUGCAGCACCCGCAGCAGCCGCCGCUGGCCGCGCGGCCCCUCGUCCACCCCGACGAGACUGGAGAAGUCGACACCUCCAGAUACCCCGAACCUAAAGAGGCUACUCACAAAGUCCGAGGGCGAAGCGAUGUCCUGGAGCUCAUCUGUGGGCCGGGGACCGUCGACCCCGAGCUCCUCACCGUCAAGACUUUCUACUUCUUCUUCUACUCUGCUUUCGGAUCACUAUUCCCUUUAAUGGGAGUUUACUUCAAACAGAUGGGAAUGAACGCUGGCCAGUGUGGGCUACUUAUCGGUACUAGACCUUUCGUAGAAUUUUUAUCGGCACCAUUUUGGGGUGGACUGGCAGAUAGAUGGCAGAAGGGAAGAAUAUUAUUACUAGCGUCUCUAACCGCCUGGAUAGUGUUCACACUGCCGCUGAGCUGGGUCCAGCCGACAGCCGUGUCUUGCGUACAACCUGUCAACAGCACCGUUUACCGUCUGGUCUCGCCGCGGUACGACGAGGACUGGCCCACGCCCACUAGACACUUCCGCGGUCCGGCUCUGGGUCGCGAGGGAUCGCCGCUUCCUGUGACGGAUGCAGAGAACUACAAUCCGGAUACCAACUACAACUGGGUGACGCCACUGCACUCCUACAUCGUAUACAGUACCCCGGACAUACAAAAGACAUUUUUCUUAUUGUUGCUGCUCGUUGUAAUCGGAGAGUUCUUCAGCGCGCCCGCUAUUACUUUAGCGGAUUCUGCGGUUAUAACAUUACUCGGCGAAGAUGCUGACAGAUACGGUCACCAGCGCAUGUUCGGUUCCUUGGGCUGGGGCUUAGCCAUGUUCUUCGUGGGUAUCGCGCUGGACCACAGCACUGCCUUCAGCUCUCACCCUUGUGGCGGUCCUCAGCGCUACGAGAAGAAUUACACGAUCUGCUUCGCUACAUUCUCGGUCCUGAUGGGUGCCGCACUAAUUACUGCCACCCAGAUUAAUUUUAAAUACGAGGAAAUUAACGUUGAAACCCCCUUGGAGCCACCUCCGCCCGCGGAACCUUCUCACGAGGAACGCAUGCAGCAGCAACUGGCGGAACAGCUGCAACUUCCUGGACUGGACACCAGCGCGCCGGCGCCCCGGCAGCCGCCUCUCGAACACGCUAAGGUGUUCGCUCAGACCACUCGCGAGAUGCCGGAGUGGGUGACGGUACUACGGCAAUUUCAGAACGUGAAAGCUGCGUCCUUCCUGUUAGUCGCCUGGUUCAUGGGCUUCGGGAUUGGACUGAUCUUCACAUUCCUUUUCUGGCACUUACAGGAUAUCGGCGGCUCACCGACGCUUUUUGGUGUCGCUUCCGUCAUCAACCACAUCUCCGAGAUCUUCGCCUACUUCUUCAGUUUCAAGCUUAUCACUCAAAUGGGACAUGUUAAAGUAUUAUGCUUGGGUCUCGCCGGGAACGUGGUGCGCUUUCUAUACAUCUCUUGGCUGACGCGACCCUGGUGGGUGCUUCCUUUCGAGUUUGUCCAGGGUGUCACCCACGCCGCCGUGUGGGCGGCCUGCUGCUCCUAUAUAGCUCACGGCUCGCCACCCAACCUUCGUUCAUCCGCACAAGGAGUGCUCCAGGGCCUGCACCACGGCCUGGGGCGAGGUUGCGGCGCGGUGCUAGGAGGCAUCGCGGUAGCCAAAUGGGGAACGACUCGCACCUUCGCCGGCUACGGUCUGUUGUGUGGUGUGGCGCUCGCAGCAUUCGCCUUUGUGAACUUCCGCGAUGGCGGCAUGGGCCCGACGAUUCCUGGCGACUCCGCGGCGGACGAAGAAGCUCGUGCAGUGGCGGAGGCGGGCGUGCUAGCUCCUCACGGUGUCCCUUCUAAUCCGCUCCCUCGAGCCCUAUCGUCCACUCGCCUGGCAGACUUGGCCAACCACGACAACUACGGCGCCACACAGAGUUACGCCGGAGCGGACAGCCUCGGCGUGCCGGGAGCCGCGCCGCCCCCGCAGGCCGGUCCCGGCCCCGGCCCCGGCCCGCGACCGGCCAACCCCUUUCUGGCCGAGUCCGCCGGGGCCGCCUACCGAUAGACGGACCUCCGCCACCAUAAUAACUCAUCGCUACAGUAUUAUUGUCUACUUAUGUCAUUGUUAAAGAGUAAUACGAAUUCUAUGACUGCAUGUUUAGCCAUGAUAAGUAAGUGUACGCUGCUCUUACUGGGCGUUGGCCUAUAAUCAGAUAGAACAGUAGGGACGAAGUCAAUUACGUCUCCUUAGAGUUGAUUUAUUUUCAGAGAAUUCGUUCUCCUACGAGUUUGUAAUAGCAUCAAGCUUCUAUUGACAGUUAAUCUGUUAUUAAUUUUAUAGCGAUUUAAAUUGCACUAAAAGUUCGGGUGUUUAAAUCGUACAUAUAUUUAGCGUGUUAGAACAUUCUUUACCUUUACCAUUCGGGAUUAAAAGAAAAUAGAACUAUUUUCGGUGUUAAGAUAUGAGCUCUGUAUAUUAUUUACCAAAUUAAAAUAACCGCACUAUCUAUUGAACAAAUAGAUUAUCGAAGUACAUAGUAUUUUCAUUAAAUCAAAAUUUUAAUUGUUAUUAAGAGAAAUAUAUUAUUAUAAUGACUGUUUUAGAUGCUUCGUAGUCAACUGUCGUAAUUUUGAUAACUAUAUAUUUAGUGAAACACUUCAUUGUUACUAUAUGGUAUCAAAAAUAUAGUUGGUCAAAGAUAUGAGUCGGGAUGUCCGUGUGGAGUCGAAACGACCGCUCGGUGACUUCGCUGGUGACGCAAAGUCGAUUGACUGACUUCAACUUUGUAUUGCAGUACACGCGAAGUUAAUAGCUACUUGUAUAUGUACGUAUUUUAAGGCUUAGCUUUUGUUUGGGAAUUCUAUAUUGUUAUUAGAGAAGCGUCAGAUAUUUUUAAAAGAAAAACCGUUUUCACCAAAGGUGAUAUAUAUAUUGAUAAAUGAUACACAUGUCGUAAAGAUAUCCCCUAACUAUUAAUAUUGUGAUUUAUAAUGAGUUGUCGUGAUCCUAUUUGAGUUAAUUUAUAAUUAAACUUAUGAUUGUUAUUUCUUUAUGUAUUCUAUUUAAAUUUUAUAUCAACGAUUGUACAAACAGGGAGUCCUUCAUUGAUAACUAUAUCGCCUCUAACUGUCAGGGACGUAUCCUGUCUGCUUACCAUGACUUUGGAUCAAUUACAGGUUUAAGUCAACAAUAUUAUAAUGUGCUAAGAUUUAUGAAUGAUUAUCUGGAAGUGGCCUGAAGGCUCUAUUACGACUCAACCGUGUGUGGGUAAGCAAAGCGGUUACACUCUUACCUUACUUGACCCCGUCCGUCCUUCCAUCACUCCUGAAAUCAAUAAUUACAUUUAUUAAGUUUGUAAGUAGUAAAAUAUUUCGUUUGAUUAUAUUAUAUGUUUAGUGACAGUUGACACAGCUGUUUGAUAUAGUGUGUGAAUUUAUAGUUAAGUUAAAUAAGAACUCCUCUUGAUCUACGGACAUCGACGUGCGCAAACAGAAAAAUAUAUGUGAUGUUCCAAUAUUACAAACUUACUAAUAUAUUGGAAAUAAUGAUUCAGUAAAAACUUAUGUUUAUCAAUGUAUGAAACAUAACAAUGCGUGUGUUGUAAGCUGUUAGUAAGCUGUUAGUUACAAACUAAUGACACAGUUCUGUCAUGAGUCAUCGCGCGCUGGUCUCCGCGCUGUCCAUCGCCUCCAGUAUUUUAGUAGGUGUAUGAGAGCUGGACGCUAACGUAUUAUAAUCUUUAAGUGUACGAGUUAUUACGUCACGGUGUCAUAUCAUGGUGUGAUCUCUAGUGUAGUCUGUGUGAUCGUAGAACCAUCGCCCGCGGGCUCACACUUUAUAUUUCUGUUACUUUUGUGGUAGUCCUUUGAAUUCCUUAGCUACUAAAUGUACUGUAUAUGUAUACAUCUGUUGUAUAGUUAUUAUUAUUAUUCCUAGCGAUGUAAAUGCGGCACAGUUAUAUAUUUUUGCACGGCAGCGCAACUUCGUGCGGUCUCCGAGCGUCUUCACUCGACCGUCCGAAUGGAGCCCCGAGUACAGUCUGCUUAACACAAGUUUGCAUCGUUAAGGUGAACAUGAAGCGGUUUACGUUUCUCAUUGAAUGAUCUACGUUAAUACUGUAAUGUACGAAGAUUUGUGAAUGAAAAGCUGUUAACGCUCCGUGGUAGAGUGAUGAUACAAAGUUGCGGUAAGCAUACUGACUGAGUGCCGAGUAUUGAUGUUCAACUAAUUGCGCCAUGUGCCGAGUCGGCGGCCGGAGUCGCGACUGUCGGGGACCGGCCGGAGCGGCUUAUAACGAACGAUCUUCAAUUUCAAAUAUACGAUAUAACAAAUAAAUGUUGAACUUUC